AAUGAAAACCAAAAUUGAAUUUAUUCAGCCAGAAAGUAAUGGAAGAUGAAAAGAUCUAUCUUCUUCCAUUCUUAAUCCAGAUCCAAUUCAUCCACAAUUUACUCUCCCUUCAAAUUCAAUCAAAGGGUUUUAUAGCAAAUUAUUGAAUUUUCACUUAUAGAGUGAUUGUUUAUAUUGCUAGUGGAUAUCUACAUCAAACAAGUCACAAGUUUCUAUACUUAGUGAAGUUUUUUUUGUUGGAUUGGUGUUUCUUCUCCUGUCUUAAUCUGGGAUUGACAAAUUUAGUAACAUUUUCAUAAAACUUCUUAUUAAACAUCCUUACAAGUUACAACUCAUUUUAUUGGCGGGUUCUAUGUGAAUAGUGCAUAUUACAGUGAUAUUUUUUGUCGUAAUAAAGAAAAAGAGUCAACCAUUUUCAGAUACCCAUUUUAUUAGAAAAUCUCCAAAACAUUAACGAGUAUGAUUUUCCUCAAAAUCGCAUGAGAUACCUUUAUAAUAUGCUACUAUUACAAAUUAUCGCGACAAAAUGUCAAUGGGAUAAGUGCGAAGAAACUACUAGUUCUUGUUAUGAAUGAUUGAUUUAACACAAAUUGAGAUAUACUCAAUUAUUCACAUAUUUGGUCUACAAGAAAGAUUUAUAUCAUUAAAUCUCUUUGUCCAUUGAAAACAAUGUGCUAUGAAAGAUUUAGAUUAGAUGAUUUAGUAGUAAUAUAAGAGGGCCCAUUCAUUGAAAAUUACUUUUGGCUCUAGUACAAUGACGACAUCCUGUGCACACUCUUUCUCAUAUUUUGGCGUCUUUAGACCAUUUCAACACUAAAAAACAGGAUUUCUCAACCUUCACUUUAUUUUCUUGCCCAAAAAAAAUGUUGUCUAAGGCGUUAUGCUGCUAUGUUAUCUUCCCUUUAGAUCAAAUUCUUACCACUUCUUUACUCACACAACAAAACACCACAUGUAAUUGUGAUUAUGUAACACAUAAUCUUAGUGUAGACACUUUACUAAAGACUAAAAUCGCGGCAAUAGUCGCGAUUUUAGUAGCUAGUGGAGUUGGUGUUACUCUUCCUAUCGUAGGGAAAAACUUACCAAUUUUACACCCGGAGAGCAAAUUAUUCUUCUUAAUUAAGUCUUUCGCGGCAGGGGUAAUUUUGUCAACAGGGUUUGUACACAUAUUGCCUGAUGCAUUUGAGAACCUUAGUGAUCCUAGCCUUAGUGACACCCCUUGGGGUAAGUUCCCUUUUACUGGCCUUGCGGCUAUGCUUGGUGCUCUUGGCUCGUUAAUGAUCGAUGCUGUCGCCACGGGACAUUAUCGUAGAGCGCAUUUCGGCCAGCAUUCGGCCUCGAGUAUUGGUGCUGUUGAUGAUGAGACUAGGGGAGACCAUGCUAGUCAUGUUCACCUUCAUACUCAUGCUACUCAUGGUCAUGCUCAUGGGCCUGGUCCUAUGGAUGCCAACUUGGAUGGUUUGAGUGACUUUGAUCGUAUCAGAUAUAAAGUUACUUCUCAGGUGCUUGAGCUGGGGAUUGUAGUUCACUCGAUAAUUAUUGGGAUAUCACUAGGUACUUCGCAGAGCCUUGACACGAUCAAGCCUCUGAUAGUAGCAUUGUGUUUCCAUCAGUUCUUCGAGGGCAUUGGACUUGGCGGAUGCAUUGCACAGGCUGCAUUCAGGUCAGGAUCAACAAUGUGCAUGGCUUUGUUCUUCUCCCUUACUACUCCUGUAGGAGUCGCAAUUGGUAUUGGAAUAACAAAUGUUUACGAUGAUAGUAGUCCAACUGCGCUAAUCGUUCAAGGAUUGUUAAAUUCAGUAGCAGCUGGAAUCUUAAUUUACAUGGCACUUGUUGAUCUUCUAGCUCAAGACUUCAUGAACCCAAAGGUACAGACCAACACCAGGCUUUUCGUUGGAGCUAACGUAACCCUGCUUCUUGGUGCCGGAGUCAUGGCCCUCUUGGCUAUAUGGGCUUGAUAUGUUCCUUAGACAAUCUUUAGCUAAGCAUUCUGCUACAUAUGUGCUCAUUAACUCUCCCCUUUUGUUCAUUGGGGUUUCAGUGAUAAUUCACAAGAAGUUCACAUGAGAAUAAUUACAUUAAGGGUCCGUUUGGUAGAGUGUAAAACGUUUUCCUUGAAAACUAUUUUCCUAUUUUACAUUGUUUGGUUUGGUGUAAAAUAUUAAAAUGUAUAUUUAGUGCUUGUAUCUGAUCAUAUUUA